GAUCAUUUCACUUCUCCAGCUUCAUUAUAUUUUUUGCAUUAUCCUAUGCUCCUCCAAGUGUUGAAAGCAGAAAUGGCCAUUUACACACCACUGACCAAAGCAGCUGGCAAUAGUCUAGCAACAGCAUAAGGUUCACAGAAUUAUCCAACUGCAGUAGGUGUAAAUCUCUUUAAUAAAAUUGAAUCUACAUUGAAACAUUAAUUAUUUUUAUCAACUGUAGCUUUGUCCCCAAUUAUCAUAGGUUUUACAUAUUUGUGUUUACCUUCGAAUAUGGUUCCAGUAGAUAAAUCUAUUCAAUUGGCAUAACUUAAACCAUGGAAUGCUAUCUUAUGAUCUUUAAUGGGAUUAGG